CAGGAGCUGAAGAACCGCUUCAGAGCAGAGCGAGGAGAGGAGCGCUGGAGACACGGUGCUGGAGAUACGAGGAGAUAUUGAUAAGAGUUUUAGAUGAGAAAUAAAAGCACCUGCUGCACAACAGCAGAAUAGCAGCAAGUUAUUACCUUCAAGAUACCUGCUGAUAUAUUAAACACAACUUGUAAUUGGAGUUGGAGAAGUUUAGAAAAAAGUUUAGGAGUUGGAGAAACUUUGGAAUUAAAAGAGUUGAAGGAACUUUAAGGACUUUGAGGAGCUCGCGCUCUCUCUCUCUUUCUCCUGCGCGCUUCUUCUCCAGCCGCAGUUGUUCUCAGCUGCGUCCAUGUGCGACACUUACAGCCCGGACUCGCGGUGCGUGUCGCCGCCGCCAUGCAGCCUGAACUGGGCGCUGGAGACCGCCAACUUCUACGAGAGCAGGCCGAACUGCGCGCCCGCGGACGGGAAAGCCGCCGGGGCUCCUCCGCGGCCGGAGGACCUGGAGGACGGUAUGGGCGGCGGCGGCGUGGUGGAGCUGAGCAACGCGCCGGCGAUCUACGACGACGAGAGCGCAAUCGACUUCAGCGCGUACAUCGACUCCAUGUCCUCCUCCACGCCGAGCUUCGAGCUCUGCCACGACGAGCUGUUCGCGGACCUGUUUAACAGCGCGGUGAAGCAGGAGAGGAGCUCGGAAUACACCCAGCUGAACGCGGCGGCGGCGGCGGCGGCUGCGCACUCGGACUUUGAGCGACUUGAGUACCAAAACCACCAUCCCCAGCAUCACCAGCAACCAGCGCAACAUCUCCCCAUCAAGCAGGAGAGCGACUGGAGCGACGGGGACUGCUCCCCCGCCUCGCUGCCCGCGCAGAUCGAGACCUGCGCGCAGACCUCCGUCAGUCUCCACGCGGGACAGCCGCCCACCCCGCCCGACACGCCGGAGCCCGCGGGGCACCCCCAGCAUCAGCACAGGAGGGCGUCCCGAGACCGGGGCAAGAAGUCGGUGGACCGGCUGAGCCUGGAGUACCGGCAGCGCCGCGAGCGCAACAACAUCGCCGUGCGUAAAAGCCGCGACAAGGCGAAGCGGCGCAACGUGGAGAUGCAGCAGAAGCUCGUGGAGCUGAACGCCGACAACGAGCGCCUGCGCAAGAGCGUGGAGCAGCUCACGCGCGAGCUCACGAGCCUGCGCACCUUCUUCAAACAGCUGCCAAACAACAACAAUAACAACGAGGCGAGGAAUGACAGCCGGUGACACGUGACUGAUUAUUGAUUAUUGUUUUGAAAGUAAAAACAAAAAAACAAACUGAGAGACAGAGAAAGAAAGAGAGACUUAGAGAUCCUGGAAAACAUAACUUUACCUCAAAAUUGACUUGAACAUCCAUCAGCUAUUCUACUUCAUUCUGUAGCAUAUAAAUAUAUGUAUAUAACUAUAAAUAUAUACAUACACACACACGUGCGCGUGCAUCAAGACAUUAAGAAACAAAGAGACUUUGUGUUUUGUGUUUGUUUGUGUUUUAUUUUUACUGUAUUUUUUAUUUUUUGUUUGUUUGCCUUUGCUUUUAUCAUCAUCUUCUUCUCUCCGGUUGCUGCCUUAAUAUUUCUUCUUCUUUUUUUCAGAUUUGUCUAUCCUCUUUGUGAAUAUUUUCCUUUUUUAUCCUAAAUUAUUACAGAGAAAGAAAGAAAGAGAAAAAAUAAAUAUAUACACUUCAUAUGCUAUGGUACGUUUUAUAAUUCUUUGUAAAACUCUGUAUCAAAGCCAGAGCAUGUUGGAAAAAAGAUUUUAUAUAUAUUAUAUUUUAUUACAGUUUGUACAAACGAAAGUAUUGCGGGGGGGGGGGGGGG